AUGCCAUCGGAAAAUGGAGGAGUUCUCCACCGGGGAACGAGCGAGAGGAAAGAGAAACGAAAACCUGUCCGCCGCGACCCAGAGAAGAGACGGCAACAGAAUGUCCAAGCGCAACGUAAAUACCGUAAGGCACUCUUAUCUGACAGUGGCAAGGAUACUCAUCAUUUGUUAGGAGAAAAGCUGCGUAAGCGCUUGGACCAACUUGAAGCCAUUGCAGCAUCUGCCGCUCAAGCCUGUUCGACUGAAGGUACACCAGCUGCGGGUACACGCCCGUCUGAAGGUGCCACCGGGGAUAGCUCAUCCUGCGCGCCGUCGGACUUCAGUACAAUAAACCUCUCAGCAUAUGGUACCUCAGGUAUAUCUGUUUCAAGUUCAUCGGCAGUAAUCCCAGAGGAAAGCCAAUUUCCUCAGGAGUUAGAAAACAGCCUGUCGGCAUUGUCCCCGUGGGAUCCAACAACAUAUCCGCAAUCAAACGACGCUCAUUCAUGGCUGCGCGUCUGGGACUCUACAAAUUUUGUCGAUCCUUCUCUUCUCAUCUGCGACAUAAAGAGCGACAGCCAUUGUUCAUACUGGACGGCCACCGUCAGUUGCGGCUGCUCCACGCCACAUAUCCAGAUACGGACGCAGGGCCCUGACCCUUCUUGCUAUGGUGAUAUCAAAAUCCUCUCAAUUGGACUAGGUACACCCGCCGCAGAUCCAUGCGCCAACCAGCUUCGCAUCGAAACUGUCUGCACUAUAUCUGCACUGCACGCUAUUGGGACGCAUGUUGGCAUUACCGAGGAGCUGAUCUGUGCCGACGACUCUCUCUCUCCGUUCUUCCGGUUCACCAUGGACGCGGCGGAUGAUACAGCCAAGAACGACAUGAUUUACGCCGUGCAGAGAAUAUUCACGACCCUGAAACCGGAUUUGAGGCCCACCAAGGAACAAAUCACCGUCAGGCAUCAUCCCUUCAUCGAUAUUCUACCAUUUCCGACGCUGCGUAGGAACCUUAUCAAAUACCAGGAUGAGUUCGAUGAGGAUGAGUUCUUCCAUGACAUGUUGACCGGUCUAGUGUGCUGGGGCGGUGCGGGGGUUGGGAAGAGGGACCGAAAUACCUCCACCGGUUAUGCUUCGACAGGUACACCGUGGGACGUCCGCAGCUGGGAAGCAAGAGAUUGGUUUAUCAAGAAAUAUUGGAGGUUGCUAGGUGGUGGAGAAGGAGAACUCGUUCGGCAGAGUGAAUGGUGGCGCAGUAUCCGAGGGGAAGACUCGCUGAACGUGGAAGCCGGGCAAGUCACCGAAGCAACAUGA